AUGACGGUCGACGCAUACAUCAACGAUCCUGUGCUGCAAAACGCACUUGAAGUGUCGCAAGCGGCGCGCGAGCAGGCUCUGCAGCUGGUAGACCUCGUAGCGCGGGCGACCGCUGCCCACAACGCGUCCAACGGCCCGCUGCCCAGCGAGCUGCUGGCCGAGAUCGCGAAGCAGCAGAAGUUGCUUAAUACCAACCUGGCUCAUCUACGGGGUCUACACCGGCAGGCCCAUUUCCGCGCGCGAGAGACCAAGGCCCAGACGGCUGAGAGGCGUCACGAAGUUGAUGUGCUGCAUUUGCAGCUGCAGAAUUUGAUCUAUGAGCAGAGGCAUUUGGAAGGGGAGAUUGCGGCGUGUGAGAGCUUCGAACAUACUUAUCAACAACUCCCUCUCAUCCCUGUCGAAGAGUUCCUCGCUAAAUUCCCCGAGCACGCCGAGUCCGACGAGAACGCCCUUAUGGUGGCGCGUAUCGCUCACGAGCGUGCCGAGCGCGAGGCUCUAGAGCAGCAGCGCCUGGAACUUGUUAAGCGCAAGCAAAAGCUAAUGGCCGAGAACAAGAAGCGCCGAGACGAUCUCGCCAGCCUGGAUAAGGAGCUGGAGAAGUUUAUUGAUGCUGCCAAACCCAUCCAGAAGCUGUUUGAGAAGAACGCUCCCGGCUCUGGUUGA